AUGGCUCGGAAGGUUCUUAGCGAUCGAACUAUCUACCAAUCUUCGACCUAUGCCUUUAAGUACGGUACAGGCCCAUCAAUCCUCUGCGAUCUUGGUGCGGCUAGAGUUGGUGCCCAAAAGCACAGAGGUGACACUAUGCCUGGACUUUACCGCGCCCCGGAGACGUGGGACUUUCUCGAAGACGGCCAUGUAUUCUUCGCAAGCAAAAAUCGAAUGCUAGAUGAUGAACAGCACCUCGCAGAGAUGGUUUCGCUCUUGGGGCCUCCGCCUCCAGAAUUCUUGACGCGGAGUGAAAAGUGCCGCCAAUACUGGGACAGUGAAGGUAUCGCACUAAUAUCCAUGUUUCCCCCUGACUCGAAAAAGACAGUCUCGAAAUUGGAAAGGCUCUAUCCUGAUUCCGGAGCAAUCUUUCGAAAUCCGGGAGCGGUGCCUCGAUGGGGAGGAUCGGGCUCUCUUCUUACGGUUCUUGCGCAGGAUGUUAUGCUGGAUACCAGAGGAGAGAGGCUCGCUGCAGAGGAGCUGGCUCUCGAUGAGUUUUUGAUGCAGCCACUGGUGGCCGCGGCAUUGUCGGAAACAUCAACCCAGCCGAUAUAG